AUACCUAAUCUAGGUUACUUCCGCUACUAGUUACUGUAUGUUAGUCUGUACGUUUUACCUAGGUUUAGGCAAGGAGUAACUCCUUGGUUUGGGCAUUAUUAGGUCCGUGGUUUAGGCAUGUUUAGGUUCCACAGACUUAGUGAGUAUAGCAUUCAUAUCAGACCUAAUUUAUUUUAACAUCAUGGGCCCGUUUGUCCUGUGAUUCUUCUUAUCUGGGUGAUUUACACGACACCUUUGACAUAGAAUCCCAGGGCUCAACAGACCCCCUCCACCUUCCAGCAUUUUUCUCAGGUCCACAUCCAGAUUCACAUAUAUAUAUACGACUGUGCCACGUGUGCUUCAUUCAUUUCGACCAGGUCAACCGCCAUUUGAGCAGUGACAUAACAAACUAUGUGUGGACAGUAAGCGGUGAGUGUGCAAUUGUUGUAUGCAACAACAUACCGACAACAGCCAGAUGAGCAGCCUAAAGGACAGCUGAAAAAUCCGUAUGCUUGGCGACUAAUCAACUGUACGGCCAUGCCAAUAAAGAUGAUACCGAUGAUAUGGAGUCCUCUUGUAAGGGCAGCUCGUAUGUCCAUUCCACUAACAACAAGAUGUAGAUCAAGAUACGUGUUCUCGAGUGACAUAAUAAACAAGAGGACAUUAUCCCAGCAGUCACGGACAUUUUCAGUAGCUACCGAGGGAGAUAUAUUGUCAAGAAUCAAAAUACGACAAGUGGAGAAGAAAGAUGUCCCUAUUCUGUUCAAAAUCUACGAUCAUGAGAACUGGAAUUACAGCCAAGAGACCGUGGAAGCUUUCGUAGAUAUUGCUGGAAAAUCGUUCCUUGUUGCUGAACUAGACGGGAAUGUUGUAGGUUCCAUGAUGGCUAAUCUCCUUAAUGACCAGGAAGCCUUUGGUGGUCUUGCAGCCGUUAUUCCGGAACUAAGAGGAAAGGGUAUAGCAAAACAGCUUUGGGCAAAGCGGUCUGAAUUUAUUGGAGAAAGAAAUUUUGGUGUAAAAUCUGUCCUUCAUAGAGAGGAAAUCCUGAAAAAGCAUGGCUACAGCGUAUCCACCUACAAAUGUCCUCUAAUUUGUGGCCGUAUUGAUCUAUCGACCAUCAGUGUACAGGGUGACAGCAGUGUUGACAUCGUCCCCACAUCUAAAGUAGACUUUGAAGCGCUGGUCAAAUAUGAUGCCGAAAUCCACACCAUUCCACGGCGCACUUUCGUUGAGAAAUGGCUGGCAAGACCUUCGGUUAAAUCAUUCACAGCUCUGGACAAAAGUGGAAAUAUUGUAGGCUAUGGUGCGAGCUCAGCGGCGACGCACUCCUAUCGUAUUUGCCCCCUGUUCGCCGACUCUUCUCUCGUCUCAAGACUUCUCCUGGUGCGUCUGCUUCAAUCAGUUCCACAAGAUGCAAACGUCGAUAUGUACUUGAAUACAGAAAAUGAAGUUGGUAAAGAAAUCAUGGCUACCAACAAAGACACGUUCAAGAUAGCGUUCGAGAUGAGGAAGAUGUUUACUAAGAGGGACGUCGAUCUACCUCAACAUCACAAAAUCCUUGCAUAUUCUUCAGUCGAAUUGGCCUUGGUAUAGUUUGUAUGAUAAACUUUCGGUAUAAAUACAAAAGCAAAUAAAUAUAAAUACAAUAUACUGAACUACUUAAACAGUUCUGCCAAAAACGUGAUACGUAUUGUAUACGUUGGUCAAGAAUUCUUUAAAAUGGUGAUGUUACUUUGAAUGUAAAUACUUAGCUCUUAAAAAGAUAUAUUUCGUGUAAACUUUUUUGCGUGUGCAAAUCUUGUUAUUAUUAUCAUUAGUAGUAGUAGUAGUUUAUUAAUAUAAUACCUAGAAACGUUAUUUGACCAGGUAUAAACGUUUUGUUCGGUUUUAA